UGGGAGGGGAGCAGGCCAAGGGGCUAUAUAACCCUCAGCCUUCAGCUCCCCCGAACACACCCAGAGUGGAGAAGCCCAGCCGAGCACUGUCAGGAACCGUGUGAAGCAGCUCCCACCAUGUGUGAAGAAGAGGACAGCACUGCCCUGGUGUGUGACAAUGGCUCUGGGCUCUGCAAGGCUGGUUUUGCUGGGGACGAUGCUCCCAGGGCUGUUUUCCCAUCCAUUGUGGGACGUCCCAGACACCAGGGGGUGAUGGUGGGAAUGGGACAAAAAGACAGCUACGUAGGUGAUGAAGCACAGAGCAAAAGAGGAAUCCUGACCUUGAAGUACCCAAUAGAACACGGCAUCAUCACCAACUGGGAUGACAUGGAAAAGAUUUGGCAUCAUUCUUUCUACAAUGAGCUCCGCGUUGCCCCUGAAGAGCAUCCAACCCUGCUCACAGAGGCACCCCUGAACCCCAAGGCCAACCGGGAGAAAAUGACCCAGAUCAUGUUUGAGACUUUCAACGUCCCCGCCAUGUAUGUGGCUAUUCAGGCAGUGCUGUCCCUCUACGCCUCUGGACGUACAACCGGAAUCGUGCUGGACUCUGGAGACGGCGUCACCCACAACGUGCCCAUCUAUGAGGGCUAUGCCCUGCCCCACGCCAUCAUGCGUCUGGACCUGGCUGGCCGUGAUCUCACCGACUACCUCAUGAAGAUUCUGACCGAGCGUGGCUAUUCCUUUGUGACGACAGCUGAGCGCGAGAUUGUCCGGGACAUCAAGGAGAAGCUGUGCUAUGUGGCACUAGACUUUGAAAACGAGAUGGCCACAGCUGCAUCCUCCUCCUCCCUGGAGAAGAGCUACGAGCUGCCUGACGGGCAGGUGAUCACCAUCGGGAACGAACGCUUCCGCUGCCCAGAGACCCUGUUCCAGCCGUCCUUCAUCGGGAUGGAGUCUGCCGGCAUCCACGAGACCACCUACAACAGCAUCAUGAAGUGUGAUAUCGACAUCAGGAAGGACCUCUACGCUAACAACGUCCUCUCUGGGGGCACCACCAUGUACCCCGGCAUUGCCGACCGGAUGCAGAAGGAGAUUACGGCUCUAGCACCCAGCACGAUGAAGAUCAAGAUCAUCGCGCCUCCCGAGCGCAAGUACUCGGUGUGGAUCGGCGGCUCCAUCCUGGCCUCGCUGUCCACCUUCCAGCAGAUGUGGAUCAGCAAGCAGGAGUAUGACGAGGCUGGGCCCUCCAUUGUGCACCGCAAAUGCUUCUAGAACCCUCCCCGCGGCCGGCCUCUAGCGCACGACUGUGAACGUUUUGUGGAAUAAGGCCUUCAAUUCCUUUUCCAGUCAUUCCUAGCCAAAGCUCUGAUUCGUUACCUGUGUGUGUUUUUUUAAUAAAUCUGAAAUAUGCUCCCGGUCA